GAUCUGCACCCCCGCGUCAAUCUAUCAAUUUAAAUUGCGAACAACUUGUUUGGGGGAUCUCAGGGCCGGUGGCUCACAUCACCGAGUCAACCAAAUACCUCCACUUGCCACUCAUAUAAGGACGACCCCCCCACUUCUCGCAUUGAGAACACCCAUUACUGCACAAGUAUCUUCCGGCACUUGUGCUCCCAUCCGCCUGCAUAUAUCUGAGGAGUGGCUUAUCUAAACUACCCCAUCCCUCCCACCUUACACCCCACACGUACCCCAAUGGCGUAUUACAAUUACUAUCAGUCCCAUGUCCCCUACUGGGGUCAACAACAGUACGCGCAGCAACUUAUGGCCCAAGGCUACCAGUUCGCUGCUCCCCCAGUGCCAACUUAUCAGCCCCAGCCCAGUUGGACCGGCCAGGACUACUACCAGGCCCAUUAUCGAUUGGCCAAUGGCAAUUUUGCUGACAGCGAUGUGUACGUCUCGUACUGCGGCCUGUUCGACUACGUGUGGUCGAGGCUGAGGAGCCUCGUUGGAGGGUCGAGCGUUGGACCCUCUGAAGCUAGACAUUGGCACCGGCGUAUUUACGGUGGAAUGAUCGAUAUUGGUUCACUCCCCCCAGCGGAUCUCGGUGCUGCCGCGGGGUAUGAAGCCUACCGUCUUUUCACAUACCAUCGCGGUAUCUAUCGUACACCCCUGGCGGACGAUCGUGACCGGGAAGAAGAAGCCCUGGCAGGGCUGGCCAUCGCCGAGGCAACCAAGCUAUGGUCAUAUUGCCAACGACCCUCGGACAGGUACGGAAGGAGGGAAACAUGCGAAGUAGCUGCAGCUACCGCUGAGAGGCUUUUUCGAAGGGUACGUCACUGCUUUUUUUUUUGAUCAGCUGCUCGGUGUUGUACUGAAGCCGCAUGGUAAUGAUACACCAGGAUCGCCGUCGUGGCGUAAGGGGAUACCAUCGCCACGGAUCGAUCUCUUCGGCUUACGGAGAUGACUAUUACGAUGACAGUUAUCUCUCUGACGAUGAUGAGCGAUAUUCCCAUUAUGGAGGUCGCCGUCGCCUUUCUACUGGGUCUACCGGUGCCCUUAUUCCGUCGGGCUUUGGAGCAGGGUAUGGUUCCUACCCACAGCUUACAUAUGCCGGGCAGCAAGUGGGAU